AUGGCUGUCCUCGCUGCCAGGGAAGCUUUUGAAAAGUGGUCAUCAGGAACAACUCCAAAAGAACGUGGUGCUAUCUUGAGGAAAUGGUUUGACAUAUUUGUUGAGAAGGAAGGAGAGCUGGCAAAACUUCUGACUCUUGAACAGGGUAAACCUUUGGCUGAAGCACGGGGAGAAAUCAAGUAUUCUGCCGGGUUUCUCGACUGGUACUCGGGAGAAGCGAGACGCAUUUAUGGACAGGUCGUUACUCCUUCAGUACUCAAUAGGGAACAUAUUCAUAUCAGGGAACCAAUCGGAGUUGCUGCAUUCAUAACACCAGUGAGUAUCCGUUUUAUUUGUUGUGUGAUCUCAGUGCCCUUUUUAUCAUAG